UUUUACUCUUCUUUUAGGCUAAAAUGUUGGAGAAUUCACAUGCUUGGAUGGGUGCUUCAAGUUCUUCCAUUGCAGCAGACAGUUACCAGUACCAAUUGCAGUCGAUGUGGCAGAAAUGUUGGAAUACCAAUCAAAACCUUAUGCAUCACUUGCGCUUUCGCGAGCGCGGUCCACUCAAGUCUUGGCGUCCCGAAACAAUGGCCGAAGCCAUCUUCAGUGUGUUGAAAGAGGGUCUUUCGCUUUCGCAAGCUGCGCGCAAAUAUGAUAUACCUUAUCCAACUUUUGUAUUGUACGCGAAUCGUGUGCACAAUAUGCUAGGGCCAUCGAUCGAUGGUGGGCCUGAUCUACGUCCGAAAGGUAGAGGCCGUCCACAACGUAUAUUACUCGGUAUCUGGCCAGAUGAGCAUAUCAAAGGUGUUAUAAAGACUGUAGUAUUCCGUGACGCAAAGGAACUGAAAGAGGAUACUCUACCGCCAAUUCCGUAUGGACGACAUUCGCCAAUUUUUCCAUUUCCGGAUAGUCCACUGAGCUAUCCAGGCGUACCUGGACCAUGUCCGAAUGGUAUGCCUUCAGCUCCCGGUGAGCAGAUGUCACAAGAAGCUACAGCUGCAGCCGUUGCUGCUGUUGCACAUAACCUACGCCAACAAAUGCAAAUGGCCGCCGCAGCACAACAUCAGCACUCAGAGGGUGCAUCAGGCGCCAACCUAUUUAACAUACCACCGCAUCUGCAAUCACACAUGAGUGCAGCCGGUCCCGGUCCCGGUGGUAUACCUCUGCCAAAGGCUAGCAUCUCACCCGCAUUGAGUUCUGCCUCAAAUCAUGGUGCAGCUGGUGGUAUGCUUGGUCCAAGGCAUGCACCAUCACCGUGUGGUAGUUUAGCUGGUCUGCCUAAUCUACCACCUAGUAUGGCAGCAGCACUGCACAUGGUAGGCGGCACAAGCGCUGCACGUUGCGAUCCUGCUGCUAUGCUAAGUCAACAACAGCAACAUCAAUUGCAGCAAUUACAUUUGCAGCAACAGCACGCUUUGCAUCAGCAGCAGCAACACCACAACGCAGUAGUCCACGCCACGAGACACCAUUGCAUUCGCCUUUCACAGAGCUCGGUUUGGAAAUUGGUUAUAAACAUUGUACGCGGCUAUUCACCUUCACGACUUUUUACCGAAGAUAUCGCUGAAUUAAUGGGUGCAGCCACAGCUACCACAUCCUCUAUUACUAGCAGUUCCAGUGCCAGUCCGGCAACUUCGUCCAUUCUAUCGUCACUAACUUCGGCAACGGGAAAUGUGGCAACAGCUGCAUCAGCGCCUACAAGCAGUAAAAUUAGUUCCAGUAGUAUUAAAAUUGAACCCAUCACAACAAGCAGUGAGUAA